AUGGCUCCCCACGCUUCUCUCCCGGACACGCCUCCCAACGGCCCGCAGGAGACGGGCUACCUGCCUCCCGCGGGUGACCAGUUCCCCGUGAAGCCCAACAUCCUGUACAUCAUGGCCGACCAAAUGUCCGCCCCGCUGCUGAAGAUGCACGACCCCAAUUCUCCCAUCAAGACGCCUCACCUGGACAAGCUGGCCGAGACGGGUGUUGUCUUUGACAGCGCCUACUGCAAUUCUCCCCUUUGUGCCCCUUCCCGCUUUGUCAUGGUCACCGGCCAGCUCCCGCACAAGAUCAAGUCCUACGACAACGCCUCGCAUCUGAACGCCGACGUGCCCACUUUUGCGCACUACCUGCGCCGCGAGGGCUACGAGACGACGCUAGCCGGUAAGAUGCACUUCAUCGGACCCGAUCAGCUGCACGGCUUCGAGAACCGUCUGACGUCGGACAUCUACCCCGGUGAUUUUGGCUGGUCUGUGAACUGGGACAAGCCCGACGAACGCCAGGAGUGGUUCCACAACAUGUCCUCGGUCCUGCAGGCCGGGCCGUGCGUGCGCUCCAACCAGCUCGACUACGACGAGGAAGUCAUGUACAAGUCGACGCAGUAUCUGUACGAUCACGUGCGUAAGGGCGAUAAGGAGCGGCCCUUCUGCUUGACGGUAUCUCUGACUCACCCACAUGACCCCUACGCUAUCACCGAAGACUACUGGGACCGAUACGAGGACGUCGACAUCCCGCUGCCCAAGGUCACCAUCGAUCAGGACAGCCAGGACUCGCACUCUCAGCGCUUGAUGAAGUGUAUCGACCUGUGGGACAACCCGGUGCCUGAGGAGGCGAUCCGCCGGGCUCGCCGUGCGUACUACGGGUCCUGCAGCUACGUUGACGAUCAGGUCGGCAAGCUAGUCAAGGUUCUCAAGGAUUGCAAGCUUGACAAGAACACGAUUGUGGUUUUUAGCGGCGACCACGGAGACAUGCUGGGCGAGCGUGGACUCUGGUACAAGAUGUCUUGGCAUGAGAAUAGCGCACGCGUGCCGCUUAUCAUCAACUAUCCGCCACGUUUCACUCCCCGCCGCGUCAAGGAGUCCGUAUCGACCAUGGAUCUGCUCCCCACUCUGGUUGAUUUGUCAGGAGGACGCAUGGACUCGGGCCUCAGCAUUGACGGUGAGAGCCUGUACCCGGCCCUCUGCGGACACCGCACCAGGGACGAGGUCAUCGGCGAGUACAUGGGCGAGGGCACCAUUUCGCCCGUCAUGAUGAUUCGCAGGGGCAAGUGGAAGUACACGUGCAGCCUGGUCGAUCUUCCGCAGCUGUUCGAUCUGGAGAAGGACCCUCAGGAGCUUCACAACGUUGCCGACUCGGAGGAGCCGGAGUACAAGAAGGCUGCAGCCGCCUUCGCCGAAGAGGCGAGCCGCAGGUGGGAUCUGCAGAAGAUCCAUGACGACGUGCUCCAAUCGCAGCGCAUGCGCAGGCUGUGCUGGAAUGCACUGAAGAAGGGCCGCUUUGAGUCAUGGGACUACCAGCCACAAGACCUGGCCUCGCAGAAGUACAUCCGAUCGACAAUUCCCUUGGACGAUCUCGAGCUCCGCGCCCGCUACCCGCCUGUCGACGCUUACGGCAAGCCUUACAUGACGCAGCAUCCUCAUGGCCUUGCUGCGGCCAAGGGUCAGUAG